AUGCCGAGCUGGAAUGAUGCCGUGACUCGAAGAGUGGAAGAUACCGCACAUCACCACGAUGCAAUGGAAAUGGAGCCCUUGAAUCCACCCCGCCAAGAUCAUCACCGAGUGCCGUCUCCGGGCAGAUUCAACAGUCCUGGACAAAUGGGGGUUCCGCCGAUCAGAACGGGUGCGUCUGCUCCUGGCUACUUCCCUGCAUCUUCACCAUAUGAUGAGCAGCGCCAAUAUGACCAUGGCGCCUCUGGACCAUAUGAAACAUACCACACCUCGCCAUAUGACCGAUCAUACCAUGAUUACCCCCCAGAAGGUUAUUCUCAACCCGCGGCCCAAAUUCAGGUUCCUUAUAGCUCCCAGCCACGCUUCUCGCCCAUGCCUGCAAGCCAUUCUCCUUCCUCCGAUAUGCCCUACUACACACCCUACCGUCAACCCUCUCCCGGCCUGUCAGGUACCACCCAACCUCCCUCAUACCGGGCCCUCUCGCCCGCCGGCCAUGCUUCGCCUCCUCCGCCGUUCUCGGCGGUGAAUCCCGUUCCUCUUCAAGUGAGCGACCCGGGCAGGCCCCCGAGUCUGCUCCAAAGCGGACGAAAGCCCGCGCCGAACUCAUACAGAGACGUCUAG